GCGGCGGCGUGGCGUCACGGCGGCGGCCAUGACGUGCGGCGGGGCUCGGCAUGAGGACUUUAUGGAGAUUGGGAUACUCUGCCAGACUACUGAAAACUAAUAAGUUUGGGACAGCUGCAGCAAAUACAUCAUUUCCAGCAGUUUGGAUGCUGUUGGCGCGAUAUUCUGGCAGAAUACCUGGGCUCUUCGCAGUAGUUAAAAAAAAUAGGUUUUUUACAAUGCCUGACACUGUGGAGGAUAAAGCUGAUCUCGAACUGUAUUCACCGCAUCCUGGAGUGCGUGGGAUGACACAACUCGACAGAGAAGCUUUUAAAAGGACAGUUGUUGUUCCAGUUCUUAAAAUCAAGAAAGAAAUUGUAAAUACUUUGCUGAAGUCCCUAAAACACGUGGUACUCCAGCGUCCUGGUCUAAAGCGAGUGGUUGAGGAGCCAGGAGAUGAGGACAGUAGACUUCUUAUUCUGGAUCCUCGUAAAUUACCAGAAUUCUCAUUGGGGGAAUCAGAGCAAGAGGUAUUAAAACAGCUUAAUGUUCACCCUGAGGUGUCCAAGUAUAACUUGGAGCUGACUUACGAGAAUUUCAAGUCAGAGGAGAUACUAAGAGCAGUCCUUCCUGAAGGUCAAGAAGUCACCUCUGGAUUUAGCCGUGUUGGUCACAUAGCUCAUUUGAAUCUUAGAGAUCAUCAGCUUCCUUACAGACAUUUGAUUGGCCAAGUUAUAAUUGACAAGAACCCAGGCAUCACCUGUGUAGUAAAUAAAACCAAUAUUAUUGACAGCACAUACAGAAAUUUCCAAAUGGAAGUGCUCGCUGGAGAGAGCAACCUGGUAACCAAGGUCAAAGAAAAUAAUAUUGUAUAUGAGUUGGACUUUUCUAAAGUCUACUGGAACCCGCGUCUCUCCACCGAACACAGCCGUAUCGUUGAGCUUUUGAAGCCCGGCGAUGUCCUUUUCGAUGUCUUUGCUGGGAUUGGACCUUUUGCUAUUCCAGCAGCAAAGAAAAAGUGCCACGUAUUUGCAAACGAUCUCAAUCCUGAAUCCUACAACUGGCUCCUGCACAACUGCAAACUGAACAAAGUAGAUAAGAAAAUUAAAGCAUUCAAUAUGGAUGGCAGGGACUUCCUGCUGGGGCCAGUAAGAGAAGAACUAAGUAAAGAGCUCCCACUUCAGAAAGAAGAACAAAAAACCUCUUUUCACAUAGUCAUGAAUUUGCCAGCUUUGGCUACUGAAUUUCUGGAUGCUUUCCGGCAUCUCUUGGUCAGAGAACCAUGUGGCACUGCUGACCUUCCCAUGGUGCACUGCUACGGUUUCUCCAAACACGAGAACCCAGCCAAAGACAUCCAAGAACGAGCUGAAGCUUCUCUAGGAACCUCCUUGGACGGGCGCUGUUCUACUUACCUGGUUAGAAAUGUCGCACCGAACAAGGAGAUGCUGUGCAUUAGCUUCCAAAUCCCAGUGGACGUGCUGUACAAGAGGCCCUGCGCUGACGAAGCAAAACCAGCCUCUAAACGUCUGUGUACCAGCAACGAGUUCUCUGAAGAGAAGUUUCUGAGCUGAAGACUAGAGUUACAAAGCCUCGCUCACAGGAAGCCUUCCUUCAGCGCAAGCGACUUCCGUAACUCGCGCCUCUGGGAGCAGAGGGGCUGCGAGUGCUCUUGAAUGAGCGGGGCACCUGGUUCCCCAUUUGUCAUCUUCCGGAGGUCACCCGCCAGCUGCCUGUCCUCUCAACACCCAGCCUCGCCACCGCGGCCAAGGCAUUCUCCCUCGCUCACGUUUCCAGGUCUGAACUUCCAGAUACAGUAAAUCAAUCAGCCAUCGCAGAAACUGCUCCAACAACUGCAAGUAAGCACUUUAACACCCUUGAGCGGCCUCGCUGCAUAACAAGGACACUGCAGUCCUAGCUGGAACCCAGCAAAGCGCUCGCUCUGCAGGACUAGUAUAGAUUACACUUGGGAGGACUGCAGAACUGCAGCUACAUUUAGUCUAUGACUAAAUCAGGCUCCACUUGUACUUGACCCUGAGAAGAAUGUCAUUGAACACAAGGGCCUUUUCUCAGCUACGACCCCCUAUCUCUUCCUUUUCAAUGGCUAAAAAGACCAUUAAGUCAUCAUUUCUGUAAUUGCAAAGUAGCUCUCUUUUUAACAUGUUGCAGAAAUGUUUUGGCAUGGCUUGAUCUUCAAAUCUUCAUCUUUCCUCCUGCCUCCAACUCCACACACUACAUUUAGGACAGAGGUCACCAAAAGAAAAUUGAUAUGUUUAAGUAGUUAUUAUUACUCUGAGGAAAUCAGCCACUGUUUUGUAACUUACUACCUGAGUCACUAUUGUUUUCAUAGGCUUAUCUUUUUUUUUCCUUAUAAGAAUAGGCAAUUUCAGCCUUAACAACAUCACUGUGUCUUUCCCCACGGCUAGGGGAACGUCUCCCUGGGUUUGAUUUCAGGAAUACAGCAUCUCCUCUGUCGGCAAAAAGAGAACACAGCUUUUAUUCUGAAAGACAGUUCUUUUGGACACACAAAUUCUUCUUUUAGGAUAAAAAUUUCCCUACUGUUCCUCACUCUCUGACUCUGUCUCUGACUUCCGCACACCCCACCGUGUACCAUAAAUCCCCAGUGCAUGGCAAGCAAUCCAUACUGAUGAACUGGGGCUUUGAGUGAGCUACAUGAAAGAGAUUCCUCCUGGACCAACUUCCAUGUAAAUUACACAGCUGUGAAGCAAACGAAGCCAUUUCUGAACAGAGCACUCAGUCAGGAACACCUGAGGACAGAGAUGCACAGAGACUUCCCCCCCCCCCCCCCCUUUUCAGUACAUUUGUGGCAAGAGAUGACACAGAUGGUUCAUGGUUGUGCCACAACUGCAGAGUACAGGAUAGCAUGCUGCAAGCAGAGAGGAGAUAUUUUUGCCCCAGCAGCUCUGGUAAGGACCUUGACUUGGGGCCCAAGGCUGGAAAAUGGACUGGCCAGCACACUCUUAGAAGUGUUUUUUCACAUUGAAGGACUGUGUUUUAGUCCCAGCGAGAGAGGAUAGAGCCCCUGGGUGACUCAGGUGUCAGGCACAAUCACAGCCAGGCUGCAGACUAACAGGGGUCAAUAGCUUCCCUUGGCCCUACGCCUUCCCCAGUUUGCCUCCUCCAACUCCUUGCUCUGGUGCAUGGCUCUGAAAUGCCACUGCAGGGGCACUGCCUCAGUGAGAAUGAUGAGGCUGGACCUAAGGGGAAAGAAACAUCACCUUCUCCCACCCCACCAGCAUAAAGGACUGAGAGCAGGAAACCACCACCAGGAAGGCAUUUACCACAGACACAGGCUUUGCCCCCAAAUCACUUCUGCUGGAAAAAAGCAUCAUAUGAAUGAAGAAAAAUUAAAUACUGUCUCCCCAGGUCAGGUGGUCUAUCCCGCUUUCGCUGUGACACAGCAUGCUCUGUUCUGACAGAGUAGCAAUGAAUUCAUGUUGUAUGGUAAUUCCAGCUUAACAGGACUCAAACAAAACAGCACAAGAUGUGCAAGAAUUUCUAAAGGAUUUUUAACCUCUGAUACUGAUCAGAUAAGUAAGCCGCCAAACCUAAUAAUUAUCUCAAAUGAAUAACUAUGAGCACAGAGCUCUGUGCUCGUAGUUAUUCAUCUAAGAUAAUAGGAACCCAAAGUUAUUUUCUUUAGGCAGUAUUUGAAAAGCGUAGUUGUUGAAAGCAAAAAGACUGCAGUUUGAAUGAUGCUAUUUAAAGAAGAUGAGACUCUUCAGGUCAAAAGAAGGUGAAAAAAUCAGCCUGCCUGGUAUUGCAGCUGACUAAUGCAUUAGACGCUCUGCUUCUUCAGGUUCUGGUUGCCGCUGAUCAGGUCAGCAUUUCAGUCUGAUGUUAAGGAUCAAGUUUACAGCUCUCAGCCAUGCUGGCAUCUGCUCCUCAGGAAAGCCUGGAAGAGGUGCCAGGGAGAAAAGAGGAGAGCAGGAGCUAGGAGAGAGGUCUCCUCAAAACUAUGGCUGGGCUAAGAAUUAGGAGCAUGUGCCCAAAUCACACACUGCCUUUUGGCUGAGAUUCGAACACCAACCUGCAAAGGAACUGAUUAGCCCCACUCUGUUCACAGAGCAGUCAAAGACAGCUCACAUGGGUGGAGGGGAGAAGGGAAAGAGUUGCUCUGUUCCCUUGAAAAUAUUUGCAUCAUGGAAUGAAGGAAAACACCCCACUCCUUCAGUCCUAAGCAGUUUACUUCUCUCUGUCAACAUAUGGUAAGAGCUAUUAUUACUUGGCUUAAAUACAAAGUAUCAUCAAGCCUAUUUUUCUAUUUUAACAGUUUGACAUUUCUAUUGUGAAAUCUGGGUGUAAUUAUCUGGAUUUUAUUGUCCCUAACUAUUGUGCCCUGGUGGAAUUUCUAGAGGAGAAAAAGCAGUA